ACUGACUGGUCCACGCCUGCAGCGAGAGAGAGCGAGACCAGAGAGAGAGCGAGACCAGAGAGAGAGCGAGAGUUUUACCGUGUGCUGCUUGCUGUAUUCUGGGGAAACGUUACCGCAAUUUCAUCUCUCCAAUCUGUUUCUCGCGAUGGACACGCUGUGAAGUAAGUGAAAUCGCCAAUGCAGGGAGAGGGGAAAAAGUUGGCUAUGGCGAUUGCAGAGACGGUGCCAGUCCGAUUGUAGGAGCAGCAGAAUCAGACGCACCACUUCCUUCCGUGCAAGUAAGUUAUGUCAGUCAUGGUCGUGGUGUGGCGGAACUGCAUCUGUGCGGAGAGAGAUAGCGGGCGAGUGCAAAGAAUAAGUCGUAUUAGCACGUAGAUUAUCAAAAAGGUUUGGGAGUUGGUGUGUGGAGAAGGAGGGAGAGAGAGAGAGAGAGAGCAGAGCGGGGAGAGUUUGAGAGUUUGGUGUUUGAGACAUCGCGGUUGGGAUUCCUGAAGUGGUUCUUGUGUCGUCGUCGUCGUCUUCCUUAGUUAGCCAUCAUCGAGUGGCGACAUCCUCUGGACGUCAUUUCUCCUUCCUGGGCUUCCUUUUCUUUCUGCUCUUGGGAAGUGAAGCACAGUUCUGUGUUGUUGACUUCUUCGUGUUCGCCGUGUGAGUUUGGUUUGACGACGACGACGAUGGUUGCUGUGGGUUAGCUAUGAAUUAGGAGAUUUGUAUGCUGCGGAGGUUGGAUGCGGAUUGCUCGCGAAUGUGGCUGUUGCAGUGGGUGUCCAUCGCUGCAUCGGGAUUUGGGAUUUGAAUUUGGUGACACCAACUUUGAUCGAUUUUUGAGCAACUGUGACCGACGGAAUUGAUGUGCGACGUUUAUGAGCUCAUGCUUGUCUCGCAUCGGCAGGUGAUUUUGUCAUUGUGACAACAUUCACGGUACAAGUUCCCGUGGAUAGGCUCCAGGGGCAGAGUUGCGGGGCAGAUGAUACCUCGAGAUGUGCGUGAAGCUGGAUGUCGCUACUGGGGUAUCAAGUUACGGACGUUUCCACCGCGGAACCCGAAUUCGCGAAGAGAGCAUCUGAGACGAAAACCUCGGCUCUGAAAGCUGGAAAAUCCGAGAGAUUCUCAUUCCUUGGAUGGUGUGGUAUGCUCGGUGUCAGUUUGUCCCCACAAUCCAUCAGAGGCAAUCCCGAAGGAUCCAAUUUUAGUACAGGCUCACUUUCCCCGCCACCUCGUCAGACCACCAUGCCCACCACUGACAGCCAAAGCCUUGGAGAUGAAUACACGCUUUUCCCAGUUGAGGACAUUGUUCAAAACCCUCUUCCAGGAUAUGUUGCGCCUGGAUCAGUGCAGUUUAGUCCUGAUGAUAAGCUCAUCACUUAUUUGUACAGUCCUGACAGCACUCUCAGCAGAAAAAUAUACGCUUUUGAUGUGGUCGCGAAACAGCAGCGGUUGCUGGUCAAUCCUCCCGGUGGAGGAGUGGACGAGGGCAAUCUCUCCACAGUUGAGAAGCUGAGGAGGGAGAGGCUGCGAGAGAGAGGACUGGGAGUGACACGCUAUGAGUGGGCCAAGGGUGUUCCUCACCGGCUCAUGGUUCCCCUUCCUAGUGGGAUUUAUGUGCAAGGAGUGGGAUCUGAAUUACGACUGCGAGUGGCUAGCACGCCUUCCAAUCCGAUACUUGACCCUCAACUUUCGCCAGACGCGUCCUCUAUAGCUUAUGUGCGUGAUGAUGAACUAUUUGUUGUUCCACUAGCAUUUGGGGAGCCCAUCCAAAUUACGUAUGGCGCACGUGGAACUGGCAAGACUCAUGGGCUCGCCGAGUACAUAGCGCAGGAAGAAAUGGAUAGACGUAAUGGCUUCUGGUGGUCGCCUGAUAGUCGCUACAUUGCUUUUGCGGAAGUAGAUUCAUCCAGGAUCCCACCCUUUACGAUUGUGCACCAGGGGAAGGUGACAACGGGUGGGGAGGCUGAAGAAGUCCACGCCUACCCUUUUGCGGGCCACUCAAACGUGAGUGUGCGAUUAGGCGUGGUGCCAUCAAAUGGGGAUAGUGUAGUGUGGAUGGAUUUGGAGGUUGGCCUUUGUGGUGAAGGUCAUGAGGAUGAAGAGUAUUUAGCAAGAGUCACGUGGUUGCCCAAUGGUUAUCUUACAGCUCAAGUGCAAAAUCGAACUCAAUCAAAAUUAAAGCUGCUGAGAUUUGAUCCACUGACAGGCAAGAGGCUUGUGUUACUCACCGAGGAGAGCGAAGUUUGGGUUAACUUGCACGAUAGUUUUACUCCUCUACGAAAAUACCAUGGACCCCUUUCAGGUGGGUUUAUAUGGGCAAGCGAAAAGACAGGAUUUCGGCACUUGUAUAUGCAUGAUGAGUUUGGCAAUUGCAUUAGGGCUCUCACACAGGGGAGCUGGAUGGUAGAGCAAGUGGCAGGAGUGGACGAAGACGCCGGCUUGGUCUACUUUACAGGAGCAUUUGAUAGCCCUUUAGAAGUGCAUUUGUAUAGCGCUAGUCUGGAUUGUACGGAACCGAACCUGGCAGAGCCCAAGCGGCUGACUCAAGGGGCAGGUCGGCACAUUGUGGUUCUAGAUCACGAGAUGAAGAAGUUUGUUGAUAUACACGACUCUUUAGACACUCCACCCAGGCUGUUGCUGCGGUCUUUAGAUACUGGAAAGCUGCUCAUCUCAAUAUAUGAGCAACCAGCCCCCACUUACCACGCGCGGAGGUUGCAACUCACCCCUCCCGAGUUCAAAUCUCUCACUGCAAGCGACGGAACUGUCCUACAUGGACUAAUUUACAUUCCAGAUUCUAAACAAUUUGGACGCCCCCCUUAUAGAACGGUGGUGAGUGUUUAUGGUGGCCCUAAUGUGCAAAUAGUGUGCAAUUCCUGGAUGAAUACGGUGGAUAUGCGUGCUCAAUAUCUGAGGAGUAGAGGCAUCCUUGUUUGGAAGCUGGAUAACAGAGGUAGUGCGAGAAGAGGUUUGGAUUUUGAAGGUGCAAUCAAGCACAACAUGGGGAUGAUCGACGUUGACGAUCAGCAAACAGGAGUGCAGUGGCUAGUAAAUCAAGGUCUUGCAAUGCCGAACCGAAUCGGCAUAUAUGGAUGGAGCUAUGGAGGUUACAUGGCUUCAAUGGCACUAGCACGAUGCCCAGAAACUUUUUCUUGCGCAGUGGCUGGGGCACCAGUCACGUCAUGGGAUGGCUACGAUACGUACUAUACUGAGAAGUACAUGGGAACCCCGGCCAGCAACCCAGCAGGAUACCAAUACAGCUCUGUGAUGCACCACGUUUAUCAGAUAACUGGGAAACUGUUGCUGGUCCAUGGCAUGAUCGAUGAGAAUGUACAUUUUCGGCAUACGGCUCGGCUGAUCAACACACUGACCGCUGCCUCCAAGGAUUAUGAACUGCUGGUGUUCCCGGACGAGAGACACAUGCCUCGGGGGCUAAGAGACCGGAUGUAUAUGGAGGAGCGGAUUUGUGAUUUUUUAGAGAGAAAUAUUUGACUGGUAAAAUUUUUAUGUAUUUGAAACUUUUAGGUUAUUAUUCAUCUAAAGUUCCACACAGAAUGAACUAGUCUCGGAAAGCCCUGCUAGAUUAGUAUAGUAGGUUCACUGUAUAAUAACUCUAUAAUACUGUGAUUCUACCCCUGCAAAGUGGGAAACUGUACGAUGUCGGCUGCAUUAAUACUCCGGAGAGUGGAACAAUAGAAAUGGUGGAAACUUUGGACUUAUCAAAAGGAAAUUUGAUUUAUA